AUGGGAAAUGCCGUAACCGAUCCAAAAUGUAGAAAGUGUCAUUCCGUAAGAGAGUCCAUUGAGCACAUUGUAUCCUCAUGCCACGCGAUGAAACUACUAUGUAUAAUUCCAAGACACAACAUGGUAGUGAAAGUGAUACUCAAAGAGAUGCUGAAGUUCCACAGAAUACCUUACAAGCCAGGCGCAGUCAACCAGUCUGACAUCAUUGAGAUCCUACAUGAAGCCAGAAUAGAUAAUGCAAAGACCAAAACCAACAAACCAGAUCUAAUCGUUAAGAACCGAACCAAGAAAUCAAUCAAAAUCAUCGAAAUAUCAGUACCAUAUGAUAACAACAUUGUCAAAAGGAGCCGAGAUAAGAUUGAAAAAUACCAACCACUAGCAGCCGCACUUAAGAAGAGUAACCCAGACCACAAUGUAGCAGUCAUACCUAUAAUCAUUGGUGCCUUUGAUGGAUAUCAAUUGGUGAACGAGCAACAGCAGCAAUCCAAUCAGAAUAAUAGUAAUAACAAUAAUAAUGUAGAUUCUUCAGAGAAUAAUGAUAGAAAUAAAAAUAAUAAUAUAGAUAUUGAUUAUGAAAAUGAUAAUACUAUUGGUAAUGAAAAUGAAGAUGAAGAUGACAACGUAAUAUUACAUCGUGCAGAUAAUCAGUUGCUACAACCCGAAUUAUCACAGAGCAACAACAACAACAACAAUGAUUUAUCAUAUCAUCAUCUAGAUAAUAGUAUAGAUAAUGCAGGCAUUCUUUUAACAACACAAAACAUUAUACCGCAAGAAGAUACUCCAUCCGAUAUUCCACUUUAUAAAUUAAUAGCAUUGACACUUUCUUUUCUUGGUGUACAAUUUGGUUGGGCAUUACAAAUAGCAUUUAGUACACCUCUAUUUUUGGAACUUGGUGUACCUUCUUUUGCAGUAUCAUUCAUAUGGAUGGCUGGUCCUAUUUCAGGAUUGUUGGUACAACCUAUCGUUGGUGUAAUAAGUGACCGGUUGGAAUGUAGAUACGGUAGAAGAAGACCUUUUAUCUUAUUCGGUACAUUCUUCAUUGUCGUUGGUUUGAUGUUGAUAUCCAAUGCAACUUCAAUCGGUGAAUUAUUUGGUGAUAGUGAAGCAAGCAAGAAAAUGGCAAUCAUUAUUGCUAUUAUUGGAUUUUGGGUGUUGGAUUUGUCAAAUAAUACAGUACAAUCACCAUGUAGAGCAUUGUUGGUGGAUGUAGCAUCACCUGCACAACAAGGAUUAGGUAGUUCUCUGUUUUCUUUAAUGUUGGGUCUAGGCAAUUUAAUUGGUUAUUUCAUGGGUUCCGUUCAUCUCAUUGGUGUAUUUCCAUUUAUGAAAACAGAUUUAAGAGCAUUGUUUAUAUUGUUUUAG